AUGAGAAGUAAGUCUGGGAAGGAUGAGAUCGAGGAAGUACCACGUCUUGUGACGUGCUCGGAUGCAGAGUGCGCGGCACAGCCACUCCGGGACGGCUUCCACGAGAGCAGCUUCGGCGACGUUUCGGUCGUGCCGGAGAGCUUCUCCUACGCAUCAAUAGUGUCCGAAGGGCCUUUCAGCGUAGCACAAAUCUACUUCGUUCAAUGGACAUCGUCCGUCCUUGCACUUGUCAUCUUCGGACUCUUCGGACUUACAUCGGAAGCCCGCGCAUCGUACUGGCGCAUCAUAUGCACCGUCGGCGGCUGGUUCGGCUGGCAACCCACACUUCGCGCGCACAGGGCACAUUCGCCACUGGGAGACAUCGAAGUCGGCAACCGUCCUGCCCAGAACUCUAUGUCGCUUGGUCUUGAGUCGAACCCAAGCUACAUCGACCGCAACGCUCGCGCACAAGAGCAAGAUCAGGUUGUAGGUAGCGGAGGUGCAAGAGUCGGCGCGGAGAACGAGUCGGAGCAGGGUGACGGGAAUGAGGAAGCGCACCUUCCCCAGGCGACGCACCCAUACGCAGAGCGCCCGACACAGCCUCCGGGCGGCUCGUACGAAGCAAGUUUGGGCGAUGCCGCGGCCGUCGUAUGA